AUGCCAUUUUAUGGAAGAAGUCAAAAGGAAAUUUUAUUAAGGAAUAGAGAUGCUAUUAUUAAUUUUCCUACAAAUUUUUGUCUAAGAAUGUCGAGAAAAUGGAUGAGCUUCUUAUUUAAACUGCUAGACCCAAAUCCUAAUACAAGAAUAAGCUCUGGAGAAGCUUUAAAAGAAGUAAGUGACAUGCUUUAUACCUAUCAGUCUAGUAUCUAA